AUGCCAGCCAAGGAGUCCGAGGCGGAGACAGCAUCCGUCGACAAGGCCGCUUCCUCCGAAUCCUCCAGCGCGGACGUCAACGCCGCCGUCGAGGAGCUGCUCAGCUCAUUGUCCGACAAGUUCGCCAGCAUCUCAUCAGAGAUAUUUGCCAAAAUGGACGAGAUGUCGAGGAGGAUAGACGGCCUGGAAUCUGCUUUGCAACAGAGACCGGACAGUGGCGCUACCAAGCCGCCGCAAUGA